AUGGGGGAAGUGCAAGACGUGUUCACCACAAAGUUCUUUCCCGUUUGCCGAACUAAGCUUCUCAUGGACCAAAUUCAGAACUUUAAGCAGAAGGAGGGGGAGGUCUUUUAUAAGUUUUGGGAGCGAUAUAAGGAUCUACUUGCCGCUGUUCCACACCAUAAUUUUCCCAUAUACCAAGUGAUCAACUAUUUCUAUCUGGGUUGUGAUAGGGAUUCCAAACAGCUUCUCGAUACUAUGGGGAGUGGAGAUUUCAUUAGGAAAGAUCCCGAUGCCGCAUGGGAAUUCUUGGAUGCCUUGGCAGAAAGGGCCCAAACUUGGCAAUACAUUGAUCCGGGCGAUCAAGCAAUGAGAAAUCAAGGUCCGAGCGGUUCUGGAAAGUUUUCGGUAAGCGAGCAUAAUGGACUUGAGACAAGGUUGGAUGAGUUAUCAUUAAAGUUGGAUAAAAUGAAGUUAGACUCGACCCAGGUUAAAGAAGUAAAGGAGGUUCGACAAGUGGAGGAAGUGCGCGUCAUUUGUGAGACUACGGGUCAUUCGACCGACAACUGUCAUACCAUCCCCACCCUCCGACAGCACUAUAAUCAACUCCCCGAAGAAGUAUGUGCACUGAAUCAAAGAUGGGAUCCAUACUCCAACACUUAUAAUCCGGGGUUGCGGUCUAAUCCGGCUUUCCGUUGGAGUAAUCAGAAUGAAAUGGGAAAUUCGUCAACUUCUCAAGCUCCUCCGCCCCCUCAGAACCAAACAUGGAGGCAACCUCAACUUCAAGGUCCACCCCAUUUUCCUGCAAUCCAAGGCCCGCCAGGAUUCAUACCAUCAGGCCAAUUCCACGGGCAAAAUCAGUUUCCACAACAUCAAGCACCACCUCCGCGUCGUUCUUUGGAGGAUACUAUGAAUGCUUUUUGUCAGAUGCAAACUACCACCAACAAGCAAACUACUCAAGCUAUGAACGACAUCCGUAAUCAAGUGGGUAAAUUAACAACGGCUAUCGGGGUACUGCAACAAGAGAAAGGCAAACUACCUACUCAACCUCAACCAAACCCUCAAGGCCAACACUUUGCGCAAAGCUCUUCGGUGAUUUUCCCCGAGCAAGCAAAGGCCAUAAUAUCGUUGAGAAGUGGGAAAACGGUUGAUAAUGCUCAAGUGGAUCCGCCGGUCGUGCCAAUCUUGCUACCUUUUCCUACACCAUCAAAGCCGACAUUAUCAGAUGGGGAAUCUCCCAAGCCGGCUCCUACAGAAGAAGAGAAGGGAAAAGCAAAAGAAAGCGAUGUUCUGCCAGCUUUCACUGUGCCCGCACCAUAUCCCAACUGGCUACGGAAGCUGGCCAAGCCAAAUCUGAACAUCGAUAUCUAUGAAGUUCUCAAGAAAGUGACGGUUAACCUUCCUUUGCUCGAUGAAAUUAAACAGAUUCCAUCGUACGCCAAAUUUUUGAAGGAGUUGUGCACUCACAAACGGCAACUCCAAGUGCAGAAGAAGGUGUUCUUGACCGAACAAGUGAGCUCACUCUUCUAG